GAAGCAGUUCACCCACAGCCGGCUGUGUGCAGCGUCACUGCGCUUAUAUACGACUAGUUUUGACGCUACCGUCUCGCGAGAUGAGACUCGUGACGUCCGGGUUAGUUGCCGGCGGGAGCGAAGCUGCUGGACAUUAGACAGCGUUGCGGGAAGUUUAAGCAGCGAUUCGGAACUGCAGGCUGUGUUAAGAAAAAUCGGGACAGUUGCAAAAUGCCACCCAAGAAAGCCACAGGAGCCAGAAAGGCCCCAGCUAAAAGAAAGCUGGCUGAAGAGUUUCCUGCAGGAGAGGUGCUAACAGAUUCAGCAAAAAAACAAUGGAAAUUGGGGUUACCAAUUGGACAGGGUGGAUUUGGUCGUCUUUAUCUUGCGGAUGAAAAUUAUUCAAGAAUUAUAGGACCAGAUGCUCCAUAUGUCAUUAAAGUAGAACCAAGUGAAAAUGGACCACUUUUCUCUGAACUUAAAUUCUAUAUGCGUGCUGCAAAACCUGGCCAGAUUCAGAAAUGGAGCAGCUCUCAUAAGAUGAAAUACUUGGGUGUGCCCAGAUACUGGGGCUCUGGUCUGCAUACCAAAAAUGGAAACAGUUACAGAUUUAUGGUAAUGGAUCGCUUUGGUCAGGACCUACAGAAGAUUUUUGAAAACAAAGGAAAAAUCUUGGCACGUAAAACGGUUUUACAGUUGGGUUUAAGACUGAUUGACAUUCUGGAGUAUAUUCAUGAACAUGAAUAUGUACAUGGAGAUAUUAAAGCAUCAAAUCUUUUGGUUCAUCAUAAAAAUCCAGAUCAGGUGUUUUUAGUAGAUUACGGUCUUGCCUACAGGUAUUGCCCCGACGGUGUUCACAAAGAGUACAAAGAAGACCCCAGAAAAUGUCAUAAUGGCACAAUUGAAUUUACAAGUAUUGAUGCCCACAAAGGAGUCAAUCCUUCAAGAAGAGGAGACUUGGAAAUACUGGGUUAUUGUAUGAUUCAAUGGUUAUGUGGCAGGCUACCAUGGGAAGAUAAACUGAGUGAUCCUGCUUAUGUCUCCAGUUCAAAAAUAAGGUAUGGUGAUGAUAUCUCAGAACUUAUGGAAACAUGUUUUCCUGGGAAAAAUAAGCCAGAGGAAAUUAGCAAGUUCAUGGAAGCAGUUAAAGAACUGUCUUAUUCUGCAAAACCUCCAUAUCUGCACUUACGAGAACUACUUUUGCAAGGCCUUAAAACCAUAGGCAGUAAAGAUGAUGGAAAACUAGACUUCUCCCUUUGUGAGAAUGGAGUUGUUUCUCAAAAUGGACGAAAGAGAAAGCUAGCUAAAGUAAUUGAUCAUCCUGUGGAAGAGUCAGAAGAACCAGUAGUUGCAGAAAAAAAGAAAAAAUCAAGAGGGCGUGCUGCAAAAGCCAGUGGCAGUCCUACUGCAUCCGCACCAAAAGGAAGGGGGCGUGGAAGAGGCAAAAAAAUGAGCUCUUGAGCACUUUUUGAGUUUUAUAGGUUUUUAUAUGUUGUAUCAAAAUGUCUUCACUGGUGUUCAUUAUUUUUUCAAUAAACAUUUUAUUUGUUUAUUAAAA